AGAAUACAUAAAUUCAACCAAGGUGAUGGAAUCGGAUUCUUCAUCCGGUGGAUUUGUAAUCACGGUUAUCAUGUUUGCAUGAAGCAAGGCAGAAGUUAGGACUAUGAUGUACGAAAAUUUUCGCCAUACUCACGGGAGCGGAUCGGGAGCUGGUCCAGUUGAAGGUGCAAGACAGACUAAGCAAGCAGCGACUCCUGUUUCCAAGGAUCACUAUGAUCGCAAUGGAAAUCUUGACUCAGCUGCUCCAUCUAAAAGUGAACGCUUGAAUUCCCCAAACACAGCAAGGUGGGAACCUGAUGUGCGCAUGCUCCUUUCAACAUCUCAAUGGCUUAAGAUCCAUGGCCUCAAAAGACACAAACUUGACAUGGGACAAAUAUUGCCUUCCAUUGGAUUUAGGCAUUCAGAUGAUUAUGUAAGGCCUCUUAAGAAACCAGUUCGUGCAAGGUAUUGUAAGGGACUGUUUACCCAGGUUCCCUUCAGAGAUGGCUCAGUGUACAAUCUUGUUGCCAGUAAGGAGAAACUCCGCAGGAUAGAAAGUCAACUUAAGCAAGCCAUAUCACUUUACAAGCGACGACUUGAGUGGUUAACAACUGAAAGUCGCAGAGUGUUUGGAGUCAUAGAAGAACGUUGCAUAUGCAUUGUGCUGGAUGUAAAUACUACCAGUGAAUCUGAAUUCAGCACGUAUCUUCAUGGUCUGGUACAAGUGCUCAAGGAACAAGUAAUGUUUAUUGCAAAGUUUAACCUUAUCAGGUGUGCGAUGGACUCAGAUUGUUGGCAGGAGCAUGCUGUAAAUGUUACUCUUGACAGCAUGGAAGGAGCUCUGAAUUGGCUCUGGGACUUGAAGACGACAGUUCCACACUCAGCAACUUGUACAGUAGAAGGAAUUCUUAAAGGAUUGGCUGAUCAACAUAUUGAAGCUGUUUACCUUUUUACUGAGGGAAAUGCUUCAAAUGGAUCUCAGGAAAUGCUUAAGAGAAAGAUACAAGGAAGUCGUGUACCUAUUCACGUUGUGUCUUUUAAUUGCAAUGAUCCAGGAACUGUCACAUUUCUAAAGGACGUAUCCAGAAUAACUAAAGGAAGGUUCCAUGCUUAUUCAGUCAUAAAUGAGUAUGAAGAUAGCUUUGACAGCUUUACCAAGUCCAUUGAAGCUGAUAGCACUAAGCAACCUCAAGGGCGUGGCAGGGGUGAUGGCAUGCCCACCUUGAAGCUUGGUGUGGGAGUCAGAGAAGAUGUGAUAACUUUAUGGGAAGAGCUGGAUGAGGCGAGGAACGCAUUGGCGGAGAUUCAAGCUUUGCUGUGUGAGAUUAAAGAUGCAAAAGAAACACCAGUGUCUACGUCUCUUAGUACUUCCCCGGAGAAGACUCAAGAAAUAAUUACUGGCUCAGGUCACGCCAAAGCAAAGAGUGAAAUGUACAUGAGUUCUCGGGACUGGCUAAAGCGGCAUGGUUUGAAGUCCAAAAAACUGUUAUUCUAUGACUUGCUACAGAGCCUGGCUUUCAAACACUGUGAUGGAGUUGUGGACAUCCAGACAGCCCCUGUGUCUUUAGACAGCACUGAUGCGAUUGUUCGUCCUAAAUUAGUCAAUGCGCGUUACUGCGAUAAGUUUGCACAUGUACGUUGGAAGGAUGGGUCCAUAAUGCACGUGCACGUUAGCGGACCAAUACACAGAAAUUAUGAACAGAGGAUCUUGUCGGCUUUGGAUUCAUAUCGAAAGAGGAUGGAGUGGUUACAACAAGGAAGCAGAGAACUAUUUGGCACAAUUAUCGAAGAUCAGGUUGCUGUGCUGAUCGACACCUCUGCAUCCAUGGCCUCAAGAUUGUUUCUUGUGAAGGACAAACUUUACAGACUCAUGCAGGAACAGUUACGUCAUAAACUGAAGUUCAACCUAGUAAAAUAUGACACAAGGGUCCAAGCUUGGAGAGAUCGAUUGGUCGACUGUAACACUCAUAACCUGGACAACGCAUGGCAGUGGGUAAAAGGCCUCAGCACUGGUGGCUCCACAAACACGCUAGCAGCUCUUAAACUGGCCCUAGCGGAUCCACAAUGUCACGCAAUCUACCUACUCACCGACGGACGCCCAGACCAGCCCCCUUCUUCUAUCCUUGCCCAAGUACAGCUGCUGAACCCAGUCCCCAUUCACGCGAUCUCUUUCAACUGUGCGGAUACGGAAGCGAAUCAGUUUCUCUCUCAGCUAGCUGCAGAAACUGGAGGCAGGUUUCACUAUUUCUCUGAAGAUGGAUAUGACAUAGAUGGCCCAAGACCAUUUGAGAGCGAAGACUUAAGACUUCUCAGGGAAGAGAUCGAGAAAGGUUUGGGAGAUUUGCGCAAAGUCACUUUGAUCCGAAAUGAAUGUGCGCAACUUGACUGGUUUGGUUCUAACACCGGGCGCUGCUCAAAAAGCCAUCCAAGAUCCGUCAGUGCAUCCUCCCACAGGCCUAUCUCAGCCAGACACGCCAUGACACCCUCCCCACCCAGCUCGGAACGCUCUGUCAAGGCCAGAAUCCGGCCAGCGGCUGCCAGGCCUCGACCGGCUAGUGCUAUACCCCGCCCAGCCAGUGCACGGAUAGCGUAUAGCAGUCACAAAGACUACCUUGUCAACACUGCAUGCCGGAAUAUUCCGCGGUCUCCUUCCCAAUCCUCCGUCAGUCGUAAGGUGGGAGAGACGAAGACCAGUCAGCUGAGAAUGGGCCUGAGGAAGAAAACAGCGGAGUCCUGGAUGCUAAAGGAGUCAAGAAAGUACCUGGACAGAAAACCUGAAGAUUUUAAACAACCCAAACGGAAGAUCAAGAAGAAGAAAAGUGGCUCCAACUCGAACGGCCUUGAAAAGGACGAGGAAUUACCAAUUAAAAAAUGGCUUAAGAAACAUGGUUUAAAGGCCAGACGGCUGACUAUUUUGGACGCUCUCGCGCCCACGCUAAUUCCUCACAGUACCAAGUAUGUUCCGAUACUGGACAAACAUGUCCUCUCCAAAGUUUUUGACCAGGUUCUUCCAUUGGCCCACACCUCAGGCAGCAACCGUGAUGAAGUGCAGCUAGUCAACCCACAAGGCGUAAAUCUCAAAGCGUACGAGACUCGGUUAGAAAAAGCCAUCGAAGACUACACCAGGCGUCUCGAUGAGCUGGUGUUCGUUUUCCUCAGCGACGAAGAAAGAAUGAAGUAUCCCGAAGAUAGGAUUCCCUCAUUUCUAGACAACAAACUUUCCAUUUUGGUUGACCUGGAGAAGAAUGGCUGGCCGGUAGAUCCGGAAGAUAUCAGUUUACUGGAGAAAGAAAUCGAGCAAGCGCAAACAUUCCUCCAACAAUCCAAACACCUGCGGCAAAAAUCUGAACAGGCGUCCCGUGAAAUAGCAGAACAGCAAAAGAAAGCCCGCGAGGAGGCUGAGGACAAGAGAAUCGAGCAAAUCAUGUCAAAGCCUCCGAAAAUUUCUCCUCUUCCAACCCAGUCUUACUCCAACAAGAACCGCCUUCUUAACCACAAGGUUCUGGCGCGCAGCGAGGUGGAUGGAUUUUACUACGCAGGCGUGGUUGCCCGUUGUUUAAACCUACGUUAUGUCGAGGUUGACUUCCGGGACUUUGACCGGCAAGUGGUGUCGUCCAGAUAUGUGAUCACCAUACAAGGAGCUCGACCAUGUCCUUCCCUCAAGGUGGGUGAUUACGUGCUUGUCAAGACGCUUGUUCCACGCGAGGAAGAGGAUGACGAGAUUAAUGAUGGUGUGCAGUGCUAUGUGCCGGGAAUCGUUCAAGUUGUACCUCUCCGGAAAGCUCCAGCUACCAAGUGCUACACGAUACUGCGAUACAACGGGAAAAAGAUCACCUCUCUGAGGAAUGACCUGGUGAAGAUCUCUAAAGCGCGCUACACUUUCGCUUGUCGUUUCAUCCGGGAUGCUUUGCUGACUGCUUAUCGAUCAACGACCCCUUUUGGCAUGUAUCUGAGAGAGGGCGAAGACGAUGCUGCUGUAGAAGAAAAAGACAAAGAGGAUGGUGAGGAAUCACUUCGCAGUCAGGCAAGUAGCCGCAAAAGCAGUCGCUCUGGUAAGAGCAGCAGGGUCAGCAGUCGCGCCAGCAGUCCUAAGGAUGGCAGUAGAAGCCGCAGUCCUAGUAUCGGAGGAAGCGCCGGAGGCAGUCCCCCACCCUCCUCCAACGAGGCAACACCCCGCAGGUCGUUCGGGGACAGGAGACCUUUUGAGGAACUGAAACAAGAACUUGAAGAGGAACACAGGAGGCAGCUGGCGGAGGUGGAGAAGAAGAUAGAAACUUUGCAGAAGCAGCUAGAAAGGGAGAGAGAGCGGCACGAGGAGGCGGCAGAAGAGUUGAACAAGAAACGACGUGAGCUCGAUGACGAGCAACAAAAACUCCUACAGCAGCAGAUUGAUGAACAGAAUGAGAGACAAAAAGAGAUCCAAGAAGAACAAAAGCGACUUCAAAACCAACAGGAUGACCUUCUAAAGAAGCAGAAAGACCAACAAGAACAAUUACUCAUGCAGCAAUUCAACCAGACACAGCAACUUCAGCUACAACAACAGCAACUCCUACAACAACUAGCAAACAAUCUCCCAUCUGAGAAUCGCUCCGAGCGACCCCGGGUCAAACUUCCCGACAUAGCACCAGUCUCCCCUCCCAGAUCUCGCUCCAUUUCUCCGCCCAGUCCUUCAUCGGCUCACUCAUCCCCACGCUCCAGCCCUAGAGAAUCAACCAAAGGGUCGCACAAGGCUUCAUCCAAAGGCUCGCGCUCACGCAGUUCCGGUAAAAAGUCCACGAAGUCGUCUUCUCCACGUUCACCCGACGCCUCGCCUCGGCCUCAGUCCUCAAGAAGGUCUUCUAGUCACAGUCUGCCUCCAGGAACGGAAGACGACCGCAGUGAAGAUAAAGAAGAAAAUAAGGACGACGACAAGAAAUCAAAUAGCAGCGAGAAACGAAAAUCUUCUUCCUCUUCGUCAUCUUCGUCCUCUUCAUCUUCGUCUUCAUCCUCGUCACCAGCUGUAUCAGAUGAUGAACAAGAGGCCGAAGUAGCCCAUCCCCCUGCUGGUAGUGAAUCAGAGCCCCCCUCAGUCCAGUUUCACGUAUCCAAUGGCAACGAAGCAUGUCUGGUGACAAAAGGAUCUCACGGACUCUUGAUAUCUCGCCUUCCUCCAGACGAGGAUCCAGCGGUUGAAAGUGGACAUGUUCGAAGGCCCGUCCAGGUGGGAGAAGAAGUACUAGCACGCUGGUCUGAUGAAGGGUGGUACUACAGAGGCACCAUUCGCCAAGACUGUGGAGACGGUAGUUACUAUGUCGAAGACAGCGUGGGAGACUUGGAGCAGAUUUACCGUCCAGACAUUAUUACAGAAGCUGAUGACGCAGAUAAUGAAAUUGAUGUACAUGAUCCUGUAGUUGCCCUUCAUCCUUCGUUCCCUUAUAGUUACGCACCAGGCACUGUUCUGCAAAAGGACGCGCAUGGGUUAAGCGUGCGGCAUUAUGAUGGUAUAGAGAGCGUUGUCCCACGCGAGGAGACCUACCUUCUGACUGCAGAGAAGUUUGAGAGCGACUGUAGGUACAUCCUGCAGUGCGAAGAGAGUUUGGUCGGCCAGGCUGUGGUGGCAAGGAACGACCAAGAUGGAAUGUUUCACCUGGGGACUGUGCGUGAACGUGUCGGUAAUGGCCGCCAGUACAUCAUCGAGUGGGCAGAUCAAACUGUUCAGUUGCAGAGUUCUGGUUACAUUUUUGGAGCCCACACUAAACGCCGUCCGCUGACUAUAGGCGAUCGCGUACUCGCACUCUCAGAUCCAGCUCUGUUCGUCUACUUGCCUGGUUGGAUCGCUGGUGCAAAUGGUCGCCGGCUGGUUAUUAAGUUUUGCAAUGGAAAAAGUUCAAGUCACGUGGAUCCCCAGCAGUGCUUUUGGUUGUCAUGUGACUACUAUGAUCGCAUGGUGGAAAACUUUAAGAAAAAGAGCAAAGAAAGCGAGAGAUGACGAAAUCUUACCGUGUGACGUGUCAUUACGCAAGCUUUCAUUAGCUUGUUCUUCCCAGUGAACUGAUUCAAUAACUUUGGGCUAAGCUGUAAACGGUUAUUUUAUCAAUGCUGUUACUUGUACAGUUGGAUUUUUACUUUCAUUCGCACUCUUUGAAUUCGAAAACUUUGAUGUACAUAUGAAUAAAUCAGUCCAAUACAUUUGGUCUUUGUAA